AUGGUAGGCUACAACAGGACACGCGCUGCUGAGCACUUGCUCGAGAAGACAGAGUCCUCUCCACCGUCUUUCACCGUGCAUCUUCAUACAGAGUGCUGGAUUUUAAACAAUGGGUCCAAGUUUCUGUAUAAUAACCAAAUCGCUUCUCUUCUUGACGAUAUACGUGCUCACCGUAUACCAGUGGAUUACUUAGAAUUAUUUGACUCUGCCCGGGUACCCUUUUAUGAAGGAUGUAUGAUCGUAGAACUUUUGGAUUAUCGACCACAGGGCACACAAGAACCCGCCUUGAAAGUUCCCCAGAAAACGCGUGUUGUCCUUCAUCCUAAUCCCGAAACUCAAUGGGCCGAUCUCUGUUUGCUGAACCAACGACACGGCAACAAAUGGACCGACCAAGAUGCACUGGAAGUUGAGGCAAAGCUUCUGCUUUCGACUUCAGAACCCUUGUGCCUUGACCCCGAUCCACAUUUGACCCGCAUCGUUAACCAUAUUUUGAGAGUGUCGACCCCCAGCACGCCUAUUCCGCUCAAGCGCAAACUUGCCACUGCAGAACCAGAAGAAGAUGGACCAGAGAAGGUCAAGCGGGAACGCCUUCUUACCUUCAUGGCACCUCGGGAAAACAAGUCACAUACUCCAAGUUACCGUAUGUUGGAUUACUUCCAGAAUCACAAGAGCAAUCCGAACCAGGGUGCACUACCCAUUGCUGCUGGGAAUCAAUUUCUACUAAAUUCUCAGUCACAAUCAUCACCCACUGCGGCACCAACACCUGCCUCUCAGGCGGACUCGCCAGCGAAUAUAACAGAAGGAAAGGGUCACAAGAAACAGAAGAUAAACAACACCCCCGCAGCCCCCUAUGGAGUUGCUUUUGCACCAGCGAAUGGCUCGCAUACCCCAGUUCCACCCCAACCUACGCAUCAAUUCGUAAACCAGCACCCUCCGAAUCUGUCAAGUCCUGGUAUUCAGCCACAAGUAUACCCAAAUGUCCAGGCGUCCACUGAGGCUGCCCAGCGGUCUGCCACUCCCGCUCAGCCGCAACCCAAUCAAGCACAAAUCCAGCAACAACCUCAGCAGCAACAGCAGUAUAUGCACUACCAACAGCCGCAACAACAACCUCCGCAGAUUCAGCAACAACCAUCUCAACAGCCGCAUGUAACACAAUCCCAGUCACAACCUCAACAAUCUCCAAUUCAACAUCUACAACAGCGACCGCCGUCCCAACCCCGUCAGACUCACCCACAACCUCAGCAACAGCAUGUACAACAAAUUUCGCAACAACAUCAAGUGGCUCAGCAACAACCGCAAGUCCCGCGCUUUACACAAUCACCCAAACCUCAGCAAAACGCGAUGAGCCCUCCGCGUACUCAACCAACACCGCAACCCUAUCCCUCCGGUGCUACCCAAUUCCAACCCCAUAUACCCAAUGCACAUUUCCUCCAGCAGCCUCCAAACCCGCGUCAGCCCCCGAAGACGCACAUCAACAAUGGAACUCCCACUCAACAACAGCUUGUUGGGUCGUCGCAGCAAAAUAGCGGACAGUUGUAUGUUCAACAACUUCAACAGUCACAACAACAACUUCAACAGCAGCAGCAACAGCAACAGCAACAAAGCGCUCAAGCUCUCAUGCAGCAGCAGCAACGGGCGAGUGUGGCCAUUUCCAAUACCCAGAAAAAUGGGGGGCGUGCUACACCCCAAAUUCCAAUGCAGAUAAAUCAGGGGCAAGCUCAGCAGCAACCGCAUCCACGGCCCCCAAGCGUGGCCGCUACUCCUUCGCCCGCGCGCGGAAGUCCAUUAGUGCUUCCACAACAGUUAUCUGCAGGCCCAUCCAGUCGUAUGUCGCCUAUGAUUGCAAAGGCACAAUUAGCGCAGCAAGGUCAGCCACAGCAACCUCAGGGAUCACAGCAGCACCAUUUGGCAUCCCAGAGCGUGUUGAUGCAAUCUGCCCGGCCUACGGGCACACCUCAGCUUAAUGCAGCUCAGAUACGCGCUAUGAACCAUGGAUCUCCGCAGCAGAGCCACAUGCCCCCGCCCAAUAACAUUCCGGCUACUGCCAACGGGACGCCAAUCAUGGCUACCGCUUCGCCUCGCAUGAACGGCCGACCUCUAACGCCAGCCAUGGGUGCAGAUGGGAAGCCACAGAUGGGGCAGAUGAUGAUGUCAGGCCAAACGCCAAUUAUACGGCGACCGACGCCUUUGCAACAACAGGCUGCUCAGCAGCAGCAAAUGCAAGGGAUUGCCGCGGGAUCGCCCACGAUGCAACAAGCCGCUCAACUUCACCAGGGACUCACCCCAGCGCAGGUUCAAGCGACACAUGCUGCCCAAGCUGCUAGAGCACAGGUUCAUGUUCAGGCGCAAGCGCAGGCUCAGGCACAAGCUCAGGCUCAGGCGCAGGCUCAGGCGCAAGCACAAUCUCAAGCUCUGGCGCAACAACAGGUCCAUAUACAGCCUGCGAAUCAUCAACAACCACAUCUCCAGGUCUCACCUCAAGGGCUUAACAAUUCCGUGCAGAUGAAUGCGCAGAUGAACCAACAGCUGAAUCAGCAAGCACUCAACAACAAUGUACAAAUGAACCCACAAAUGAAUCAGCAAAUGGCGGCGCAAUACGCACUGUAUAACAAUUAUCAGAACUUCAAUCAGAUGAACCCGUACUGGCGUCAAGCAGGAGGGAUGAACACAGUUCAAAACCUUACGCCUCAGCAGCAACAGCAAGCAUUUCAAAUUCAGAUGCAGCAGCUCCAGGGUGGAGCGAGCGGUAGUCAAGGGAUGAUGAUAAACGGCCAGAAUACACAACUGACUCAACAACAUUUAUCGAUGAUGGCUAAUCAGAAGGCCAUGCAUGCACAAAGGAUGAACUUAACUAUGGGUGCUGGUCCCGGUGCUGUGCACCAACAAGCAAUGGCGGGCAAGGUAACCCCGCAGCAAAUGGCUCAUCUGGCUCAGGUGGCCCAAUUUCAGGCUCAACAAGCUCAAUUAGCCGCCAAAGGCAAAAUGGGAACGGGCCAGGUUGCAAAGAAAGGACCCGCGACGGCGAAGAAAGGACCUCCACGGUGA